CUGAUCGCUUUGGUCAUGUGAUUGUAAACAGGAAUUGAAAAGAAUCAGAAGCUGACAUUCACUUGGUCUUGCCAAGAGAGAGCUUCUGGUGAGCGUCGCCCCAUGUCUCGAAGACCCCGGACGGUGUCGGGCUGAAUACAAUUCGGGAGUCAUGGUGGACUUUUUGGCAGAGAACAACUUGUGCGGCCAGGCGAUCCUCCGGAUUGUGUCCAGGGGAAAUGCCAUAAUCGCAGAGCUGCUCCGCCUCUCCGAGUUCAUACCAGUGGUCUUCAGGCUAAAGGACAAAAUCGACCAACAGAAAUAUGGGGACAUCAUAUGUGACUUCAGCUAUUUCAAAGGACCAGAGUACUAUGAGGGAAAACUGGAAGCAAAACCAGAACUUCAGGAUUUGGAUGAAGAGUUUAGAGAGAACAACAUUGAAAUCUUAUCCCGGUUUUACCUGGCAUUUGAAAGUGUCCACAAGUAUGUGGUGGACCUGAUAAGGUUCCUGGAUGACCUGAAUGAAGGUGUGUACAUUCAGCAGACGCUAGAGACCGUCCUCCUGAACGAAGAUGGAAAACAGCUUUUGUGUGAAGCCUUGUAUCUGUAUGGGGUGAUGCUCCUGGCUAUCGAUCAGAGGAUUGAGGGAGAGGUCAGAGAGAGGAUGCUGGUGUCCUACUACCGCUACAGUGCGGCCCGCUCCUCAGCGGACUCCAACCUGGACGACAUCUGCAAGCUGCUGCGCAGCACGGGCUACUCCAGCCAGCCGGGGGCCAAGCGGCCGGCAGGCUACCCCGAGAGCUACUUCCAGAGGGUGCCCAUCAGCCCCACCUUCGUCAGCAUGGUCAUCGGCAGGCUGCGCUCCGACGACAUCUACAACCAGGUGUCUGCGUACCCUCUCCCGGAGCACCGCAGCACAGCCCUGGCCAACCAGGCGGCCAUGCUUUAUGUCUGCCUCUACUUCACCCCCAGCAUCCUGCACACACAGCAGGCCAAGAUGAGGGAGAUCGUAGACAAGUACUUUCCAGACAACUGGGUCAUUAGCAUAUAUAUGGGAAUCACUGUGAACCUGAUCGAGGCAUGGGAGCCCUACAAAGCUGCCAAGACUGCCCUCAACUACACCCUGGACGGGGCCAACAUAAGAGAACAGGCUAGCCGCUACGCUGCUGGGGUGGACUCUCUGAGACCUCAGGUGCAGCAGCUGCUGAAGGAAGGCUUCCUGCGAGAGGAGAUCGUCCUGGACAACAUCCCCAAGCUGCUCAACUGCCUGAGGGACUGCAAUGUCGCCAUCCGCUGGCUGAUGCUCCACACUGCGGAUUCAGCUUAUGAUCCUAAUAACAAGAGGCUACGGCAGCUGAAAGAGCAGGUCAUCAGUGACUCCAAAUACAGCUCCAAAAUGCUCUUCCAGCUCCUGCUGGACACUGCCCAAUUCGAGUUCAUUCUCAAAGAGAUGUUCAAGCAGAUGCUGACAGAGAAGCAGCUGAAGUGGGAGAGCUAUAAGCGGGAGGGCUCCGAGAGGAUGACCGAGCUGGCUGAGGUCUUCUCCGGGGUCAAGCCCCUCACCAGGGUGGAGAAGAAUGAAAACCUCCAGGCCUGGUUCAGAGAGAUCUCUAAGCAGAUUGAGUCUCUGAACUAUGAUGACUCCACAGGGGCUGGGAGGAAGACAGUCCAGCUCAUUCAGGCUCUUGUGGAGGUGCAGGAGUUCCACCAGCUGGAGUCCAACCUGCAGGUGUGCCAGUUCCUGGCCGACACGCGCAAGUUCCUCCACCAGAUGAUCCGUACCAUCAACAUCAAGGAGGAGGUGCUCAUCACCAUGCAGAUCGUGGGGGACCUCUCCUACGCAUGGCAACUCAUAGACAGCUUCACGUCAAUCAUGCAGGAGAGCAUUAGAGCGAGCCCAGCAAUGGUGACCAAACUCCGGGCCACUUUCCUCAAGCUGGCCUCAGCCCUGGACCUGCCACUGCUGCGCAUCAACCAGGCCAACAGUCCAGACUUGCUCAGCGUGUCCCAGUUCUACUCCGGAGAGCUAGUGGCCUACGUCAGGAAGGUACUGCAGAUCAUUCCAGAAAGUAUGUUCACAUCGCUAGCAAAAAUCAUCAAGCUGCAGAUCCAUGACAUCAUGGAGGUGCCCACACGUCUGGAUAAGGACAAGCUGAAGGACUAUGCCCAGCUUGGGGCUCGCUAUGAGGUUGCCAAACUCACCCAUGCCAUAUCCAUAUUCACCGAGGGGAUCUUAAUGAUGAAGACCACGCUCGUUGGCAUCAUCAAGGUCGACCCUAAGCAGCUUCUGGAAGAUGGUAUCAGGAAGGAGCUGGUGAGGCGGGUGGCUUAUUCGCUGCACAAAGGCCUUAUCUUCAACCCCAAAGCCAAGCCCAGUGAGCUGAUGCCCAAGCUGAAGGAGAUGGCGGCCACCAUGGACGGCUUCUACCGCUCCUUCGAGUACAUCCAGGACUACGUCAGCAUCUACGGCCUGAAGAUCUGGCAGGAGGAGGUCUCGCGCAUCAUCAACUACAACGUGGAGCAGGAGUGCAACAGCUUCCUCAGGACAAAGAUCCAAGAUUGGCAGAGUGUGUACCAGUCAACACACAUCCCUAUUCCCAAGCAUCCACCUCUGGAUGAGUCUGCUACCUUCAUCGGACGCCUGUGCAGGGAGAUCCUCCGUAUAACAGACCCCAAAGUGACCUGUUACAUUGACCAGAUGAACACCUGGUAUGACAUGAAAACCCACCAGGAGGUGACCAACAACAGGCUGUUCUCUGAGAUUCAAGACACCCUGGGGACGUUUGGCCUCAACGGCCUCGAUCGACUCCUCUGCUUUAUGAUUGUGAAGGAGCUACAGAACUUCCUGACAGUGUUUCAGAAGACCAUCCUGAAAGACAAGGUGGUGGUGGAUGUGUUUAAAGCCCUGCUGGGAGCCGUCAACCCAGUGAAGGGUAUUGUGGUCAACGCAAGCAAGGUGUAUGCCAAUGCCGCAGCGAAGACUCAGAAGAUUUGGCCGGCAUAUCUGGAGUCCAUAAUGAAGGUGGGUCAGAUGCAGAUUCUGAGGCAGCAGAUUGCCAACGAGCUGAACUACUCCUGCAAGUUUGACUCCAAGCAUCUCGCAGCCGCCCUGGAAAACCUCAACAAGGCUCUGUUGUCGGACAUUGAAGCCCAUUACCAAGACCCUUCACUGCCUUACCCCAAGGAGGAAAACACACUUCUCUACGAGAUCACUGCUUACCUGGAGGCUGCUGGAAUUCACAAUCCUCUCAACAAAAUCUACAUCACAACAAAGCGCUUGCCAUACUUUCCUCUUGUCAACUUCCUCUUCCUCAUCGCUCAGCUGCCCAAGCUGCAGUACACCAAAAACCAAGGGAUGACGUGCAGGAAGGCUGCAGACCCCGUGGACUGGCCGCCCCUGGUGCUGGGGCUCCUCACCCUCCACAAGCAGUUCCACUCCAGAUACACAGAGCAGUUCCUGGCCCUCAUCGGCCAGUUCAUCCGCUCCAUCAUGGAGCAGUGUACUAGCCAGAAGAUUCCUGACAUGCCUUCAGAUGUAGUGGGCGCCCUUAUGUUUCUGGAAGACUAUGUGCGCUACACAAAGCUCCCUCGCAAGGUGGCUGAAGCACAUGUUCCAAGCUUCAUAUUUGAUGAAUUUCGGACUGUGAUGUGAUUUCUUCAUACAUAAGCCUUCAUGCCAGCAGAAUUUGUCAUUUCAUUCAACGAUAAAAAUCUUGUCUUCACAUUUGCCUUUAUGAUGUCUUAAAGCACUAAUGAAACCAUGUAUUGUUAGAUCUUUUUAACAAAUUUCAUUUCCAUUGGGAAUAAUGUGUUGUCAUUAAAUGAUAAAUGCCAACUAUUUUAAAUAAACCACGUUGUAAAUGUUA